GCGGUGGCCACCAGCUCUGUGGCAUCGCUGCCCGUCCUCUGCAGGGUCUCGGGUGGCACAGAGUGGCACAGGUGACACAUCCAGGUUGGGGAUAUCCCCAUCCCCAGCGUUCAGCUCCCAAACCCCUCCGUGUGGCCACCAGCCGGGGCCCUGUGGCCAUUCCCAUUCCCCGUGCCAGGCCCGGCUGGAUGUGGAACCGUCGGUGUGGCCGGGAAGGAGUCCCGGGAAGGAGGCGUUUCCCGGCCCCACGCUGGCACCGGGCCAGGCUCCCAAAUGAGAGGUGUGAGCUCCCACUCACACCUCCCCGGUAUAAAACCCGGGCCCGCCGCAGCCCGCGCACACCCGGGACAGCCCGAGCUGCAGCUCCCCCGGACCCCACCGCAGAGGAGAGACCCGGAGAGACCCCCGGAGACCCCCGGAGAGACCCCCAGAGACAUCCCCGAGCAGCAGGAUGGGCCAGUGCAACUGCCGCAAGAAGCGCAAGGACGGCCAGGAGCUGACGGACGUGGAGCGAGCCAUCGAGACGGUGAUCAGCCAGUUCCACUGCUACGCCGUGAAGGGGCAGAAGGAAUACCUGACCCCCAACGAGAUGCAGGAGCUGGUGGUGCAGAAGCUGCCGCACCUGGGCAAGUGCGUGGGACCCUUGGAGGAGAAGAUCGAGUGCAUGGGUGACCCCAACGAAGCCAAACUGGAGUUCGGAGAGUACUGGGACAUGAUGGGGGACGCGGCCAAGGGCUGCCGGAGGAAGUAGAGGGUGGUGGGGGACGGGAAGGCGCCCGAGGCCUCCGGUUCUGCUCCUCCUGUUAAGCGCGAGGGGUCCCGGGGGCUGCGAUAACAAAGCGACGUCGCUGCUGCCGGGUGCAGAAUCCCCCUCCCCGGCCGCAUCCCCGCCCUGCUCGGUUCCCCUUCCCGUCAGGAACGAUCCCUCCCGCCCCGGUGGCACCGGGAGGGGUCCUGGCCCUGCUCCGGAGCCGCCUCCAUCCCCGGCUUUGUCCCCUCCGGGCGCGGCUCCGCCAGCCCCGGAGCAUCGCAGCGAGAGGGGCUCGGCUCCUUCCCCCCAUCCCCACCUGGAUUUGGGGAUUUUCCCUCCAUCCCCACCUGGAUUUGGGGGAU